AUCUCCCAGAGUGCUUUGCUUUCUGCUUGAUUACACUGUUCAUGGCGUCUCUCCCUAAGCUCGAGACAGGUCGCCUUCUGACAAACACUUAAAGCAGCGAAAUUACGCGGCUCUCUUUAUUUACAUGCUACUGCUGUUGAAGAAAGCAUCGACUUGACAAUGGAGGUGGAGAGUGUUAGUAAUAUGGAGGAGGACAGUGGUUUGACUCAGGUGAGGUUUGAGGCUGCCGUCAGAGUCAUCAAAAGCCUACCCCCGGAUGGCCCUUUUCAACCUUCCAAUGAUAUGAUGCUGAAAUUCUAUAAGUUUUACAAACAAGCCACGGUGGGACCAUGCAAUGUACCACGGCCUGGGUUUUGGGAUGCAGUUGGCAAAGCUAAAUGGGACGCAUGGAACUCUCUUGGGGAUAUGUCCAAAGAGAAAGCAAUGGCUGCGUAUGUGGAUGAAAUGAAGUUGAUCCUGGAGGGCAUGCCCAUGACCGGAGAGGUAGAGGAGCUGCUGCGGGUGCUGGGGCCCUUCUAUGAGCUGGUGGACGAGAAGAAGAAGAUCACACAGAUAUCGGACAUUAGUGCAGGCUUCGGGACAAUGAUGAAUUCAGUGCAGACCAAGAGUGUGGCAAAGGACAUUGUGAGGAGCAUGGAACUGAAUGGCUCUCUGGAGCCCAAACCCCGGCUCAUGUCUCAUAUGCGAGAGGUGUCAGAUGAGGAGCUGCAGGAGGAGGUGGAGGAAGAUGAUGAGCAAGUGUUACAAGAGAACAAGAAAGAGAGAAGAUCACCAAAGAAGAAAGGCUCAGCUCGAAGACAUCUGGCAAAUGGUAAAGUGCCUAAUGGUGGCACUCACCUCACCAAUGGGAACCAUUCUAGAGCUGCUCUGAACAGUGAGGACUCCCAGGAGGCAUUAGAGCCUGUGCUAAACGGACACCAUGCAGAUGCUGCAGCCCCUAAUCACAUUGCCAGUGACUCCGACAGUGAGGUCUACUGUGACUCUAUUGACCAAUUUGGCCAAGAAGAGAACUCUGAGCACAACCGUUCUAUUGAUGACCUGGAAGAGGAGGAGAGCCACAGUCAUCACUUAGCGGGGCCCGUGCAGGACAAUGUAGACGCACAAGGUGUUCAGUGCGGAGGAGAGGAUGGGAAGCCUACAGGGACCAGGCAAAGACCUCGUAUCGGAGGGGAGAUGUCCGGCAGUUCAAUGACCAGACAACCAUCAGGUUAUGGGUCACAUGGACCAGGUUCUGGGCCAGUAGUACCUACGCACAGCAGUGGUGAUGGAGCAGGGGGACACUGGGGAGGACCAGGAACUCCAGGCAUCAAUCUGAACGAGCAGAUUGUUGUAGCAUUGGCCAGAUUACAGGAGGAUAUGCAGAGCGUUCUGGAGAGGCUGCACACACUGGAGGCCUUGACUGCAUCCCAGGCCCGUUCAAUGGCUUUGUCUCCCACUUUGCCUUCAACCCCAGUCAACAAGAGGAAUCGGAAACCGUCCUGGUGGCCUUUUGAUAUUUCUCCCACAAGUCUGGCUUUCGCUGUGAUCUGGCCUUUCGUCGUGCAGUGGCUCUUGCGCGUAAUCUUACACAGAAGGAGGAGAAGGAUCAACUGAAACCUGCUGUGUUAAAGUUUCAUAUAAAUGUCCAGAUGGGUUGUAAGUGGCUAAAACUCCCAACCUGUGAUCUGCUUUUGCACUAAGGAGAGGGCACCAGGAGCAUAUUUUUUAAAGUCUGUUCUAUGGAUGUUGAAUUGGAAGGAGCAGGACAACCUUUUCCGAGAUAACGCCACUGUUGAAAUUGCAGUGUUUAAAGGUUAACAGUUAGUCAAUAACUGCAGUAGCUUUCCAGUUAAUUUUCUAUGGCUUCGUUGCACAAGAAAAACAUUUUUGUUAUGCUUGAUAUAGUUAAUUUUCAUUAUAUCAUACUGUUUCCACUAGCAAUGCAAUGCAAUGCUGCUAAAUAAAUAACUGUAGAGUAGACGAGAGGAAUGAAUGUAAUAAUGUGUCCCGUCUGUUUAAAUAAUUUCAAAAUUGUAUUCAAUAUUUAUUGCUUUUAGAGACAGUUACUAUGAAGGCAAUGCCAGCUACGCGUAUGAAAAGUACUAUAUGGAUUAGGGUGUGUGUCCAUUACUAUUACCUGUCAUCAUUCUGUUGGUCAGCUAAUCCAGUGUUUUUAAAAUGGAGAAAAGUGCCUCAACAUCACAAGGUGCAGUCAAGGGCAGCUCCAGGAGGGGGGCUAAGAUCUUCCAUGGGGGUGCUUUGCUCUUGUCCCAGUCUACAUGCAUUUUAUAGAACCGCCAAAUUGGUACAAAUAGGGGGGGCUAGAAGAUGUUCAGGUGCAUCAAGUAAUUAAGCAUUGGCACGUUAAAUAAAAGCGGCUAUCACACAUAUUACUCAUUACUCACAUUUGCCUCACUAAACAAAUUUAGUUAGUUCCUGAAGUGUUUUAAUAAGACCUUAAGUGGAAUUUUUAUAUUUGUAGUCUUAUUUUGAACAUUAAGAGAUUGCUAUUUGAAAAGUUUUAUGAGAUUGGAUGUCCUAAGUAAAAAUAAGCAAAAAUCAUAGUGGGUUGAGUGGGUGUGGGCAUUCAUAAGGCCUCCCUUUUUCUGGCACUGCACCUGGCCUGUAUUUGGCAUUAUGAUUUCACAAUACAGUGUAAGUGUAGCAGGACCAAAUAAACACUUGUCCUACCUAGUGAGCCAAUUGAGGAACGUGUCUCAAUCUCAAUUAACUGAAAUCACUGAUAUUUUAUGUAUAAAUCAUGUGUGAUCAUUACUGUAAGAGUGUAUUGUGAAAACGAGAGUGACUGUAGUGAUACCAAUUGUUUGCAGAGCUCUAUACUUAUUAUUGUAUACCAUAGCUGUACAAUUUAUUUAGAUCAAUGAAAUGCAAUAUUUUCAUUGCAUUCCCGUGUGCUACUAAUGUAAUAAUGAUCUUAUUGACAGAGGUUGCAUCUGCACUAAUCUUUCCAGAGCCAUUAUGUUUGAAUAUAAUAGUUUACCUUUUUACUGAGAAGGCUUUCUCACCUCUCUGCCUGUGGAUAGAGUGGUGUCUGCAUGUGAUAAUCCAAACCUAUUAAAGUUUUCAAAAAUAAGACA